AUGCCCACCAACCGACCCUUCUUCGCAAACUUCUUUUCGGCCUUUCGAGCCCGCACGAACCCGGCGUUCCAGGCAAAAUCCAGCUCGACCUACGACGCCGUGUCGCCCGGUUCGCUCGUGGCAGCUGCACAUGUCUCUACAACCACAGCGACAGUGACCUCGUCAAGUACAAGGACAAUAGCCACGAAAGGAACAGGAGAGACUUCAGCCCCAUCGCAACAAGUGCAGUCAAAAUCCAGCUCUACCACGCCUCUUCCUUUCUCGUCCAACCCAAGUUCACACAGAUAUGCAACGCCUCUAUCCAGAUCGCCGGGGACGAGUUCCCCUGGCCCGCACCCAACGCAUACGACCACCAACCUAUCAAUGUCACCGCCCGGCACGUCGACUCCAAUGACUAGAGGGCGACAGAGACGUGGCAGCGACAGCUCUAAUUCUUCGGGAGGAUUCAUUGAUGCAUUGGGUCCGGAAAAGUGGUAUAUUGGCGGCCGAAAUGCCGCGGGUGAAGAGACCUUUUACAAACUCGGCUUGGUAACAGGAGGAACGGGAAGAAGAGUACGCAGCUUAGACCGGCUGAGUCUUUAA